AUGCAGGCCCCCCGCGCUGCCCUGGCCGUCCUCCUCUGCAUCCUGGCCCUCUGCCGCCAGGACCACUCGGUGACACAUGGCGCCGACACCCCAACAGCCUGCUGCUUCUCCUACGUCUCCAGGCCAAUAAAACGCAAAUCCGUGGUCAGCUAUUUCGAGACCAGCAGCCAGUGCUCCAAGCCAGGCAUCAUCUUCCAGAUCAAAAAGGGCUGGUGGAUCUGUGCCAACCCCAGUGAGGCCUGGGUCCAGCACCUCAUCUGCGACCUGGAGAGGUGUACUAGCCAGUCUGGAGAUGGUGGAAGCAUAGUCACCAAGUGA